GCGGCCCGUUACCCUUUGCUUUCCGUGUUGCGUUUUACGAACAAAUUUCACUUCUUGGCGGUGAACAUUUGUAGAACAGCCGUAGUACUGACGUAAUAACCAAUCCGAAUUUAGUAUUUGGUCAAACCGAAUCAGCUGAUACAAAUUACUGAAUUGUCUGACGCCUUAUUUUCAAAGCACAAGCACAGAAAACUAAUCCAACCAAACUUAAUAACUCUGUACUUUUUUCGGAAAACAUUAUGAAGUAAACAACUUCUUCAAAACAUUCUAUAGCAACAGGAAAGAUCUUAGGUUAAAAAUUCGACUGACAGCAACAGGUAACGGCAACGUCAAGUUUAUAAAUGGGUCUUAAAUAAUUGAAUCGUAUUACCCAUGCCGCUGUCAUUACAGUUGUAUGCAAAUAUUUUUUUCGGUAUUAAAUAUGAAAACUUAUGUUGGAAACACGCAUAUGUAUGCAGGCAAGAAAUAUCUUAACUUCGCUACUCUGAUAAACCAAACACAUUAAUUCUUAUCAGACUAUCAAAAUAUACCAAAGUGUGGUCAUUCAACGGUUUGAACGUGUAGCGAGUGCUGCUUGGCAAUGGCAACGACUGACGAAUUUUUGGACUGGGCUAAAGGAGUUAUACAUGUGCUCUUUUUUUUUGUUAUCCUACUGCCAUAUUUCAUCAUUGAAGCCAUAUUUUCGUCAAAUCCUCAAAGAAAGUCAGUAGAAGGACAACUGGUAUUGAUAACUGGUACUGGACAUGGAAUUGGAAAAUUGUUGGCAUUUAAAUAUGCUAAAGCAGGGGCUCGUGUUAUUGGAUGGGAUGUAAAUGAGAAAUUGAAUAAUGAGACAAUCCAGACAAUUAACUCAUCGGGAUAUCCAACAGCCUACGGAUUUAAGGUAGACGUUUCGAACCGACAAGAGGUAAUGGAUACGGCAAAGAAAAUUCAGCAAGAUAUCGGCGAUGUUACUAUUUUAAUAAACAAUGCAGGUAUAAUGCCGCACCAUUCGUUCCUAGACCACACCGAGCAGGAAAUACGGAGAAUAAUGGAUAUUAACGUCAUGGGAAACUUUUGGACAUUACAAGCAUUUCUACCUACGAUGAGAGAAAAAAACAAUGGUCACAUCGUGUCCCUUUCCUCAAUGGCGGGAUACGUAGGACUGAUCAAUCUUGUUCCAUAUAAUGCCAGCAAGUUUGCUGUGCGUGGACUUAUGGAAGGUUUAUAUGAAGAGUUCAGGCAAUACCCGAAUAACAAUGUCAAUUUUACAACCGUAUACCCUUUUAUGGUGGACACCGGGUUAUGUACAAACUAUGAAAUUUCCUAUGAACUGCUUUUUCCAGUGUUAAAGCCUCAGUUUGUAGCAGAUGCAAUAUUUGAGGCUCAGACCACCAACAGAAGAAACGUUUUGCUUCCUACAGAUAUAGGACUUGUAAUGAAACUAAAAACCAGAUUUUUGCCGCAAAAAGCCUGCAACUACAUAUCGGACAACUUCAGAACUAAUCUGCUUUCCGACUUACACCUUAAAACUAAUUGAAAUAUUAACAGUAGGCAAAAGUCUAUUUUUUUUCUUAUCGUCUUAUUUCGAGAACUAUUUUUUUUAAUGUUGGUUAUGUAUUAUUCAAUAAACGUAGCUCCAAAAAUGA